AUGACAGGGGACCCAGAGUCCCCGUCUGUGGGUCAUGAAUCCGAGUACCCAGACGGGGGCUGGCGUGCAUGGAGUGUGGUGCUGGGUUCUUGGUGUGCCAUGGUGCCAUCGUUCGGACUGCUAAAUACUAUUGGAGUCCUCGAAGCAUGGUUGGCAAAUGAUCAGUUGAAAGACUACUCGAAGGCGUCAAUUGGUUGGAUCUUUAGUUUAUACUCCUUUUUCCUCUACUUUGGGAGCGUCCAGGUCGGGCCUAUCUUUGACGCAUAUGGGGUGAAGCCCUUACUUAUACCUGGAUGUAUAGGGCUCAUAGGUUCGAUCAUGGUACUGAGCGUGGCGAAAGAAUACUACCAAUUCAUGCUCGGAUUCAGCGUCCUCGGGGGCAUCUCCUCGUCCAUGGUUUUCACCCCCAGCGUCGCCUGUCUCACCCACUGGUUCCUGCGACGCCGUGCGCUAGCCACCGGCAUCGCUGCAACGGCUGGUGGAUUUGGUGGCAUCAUCUUCCCCAUCAUCAUCUACAACCUCGCCGAAACCGUCGGAUUCCCAUGGGCAAUCCGCAUUCUCGGCUUCAUCUGUGCUGCGUUCUGCAUCCUGUGCAUUCUCUUCCUUAAAACGCGACUUCCACCGUCCACCAAUGCCAACAACAACGGGAGGAUCGACAUUCGCUCGCUGCGGGAAGUCCCCUUCACCUUCCUCACCAUCGCCAUCAUCUUUAUCGACUUUGCCCUUCUCAUCCCCCUUACUUAUCUUCCAUCUUACGCAGAAGCACAGGGCAUGUCCCCUUCCCUCUCGUACCAACUCGCGUCCAUCCUCAACGCCGCUUCCAUCUUCGGCCGCGCCGUCCCAGGCUACUUAGCCGACCGUUUUGGUCGCUUCAACGUCAUGAUCAUAACGACGUUUGUCUGCGCCCUGAUCACCCUCGCAUUAUGGAUGCCCGCCGCCUCAAACCAUCCCGCCAUCAUCGCCUACGCCAUCCUCUUCGGCUUCUGGAGCGGCUCCGCCAUCAGCCUGGCCCCCGUCUGCGUCGCCCAAAUCUCGGAAACCUCCGAGUAUGGCCGUCGCUACGGGACAGUCUACACAUUCGUCAGCGUGGGUGCGCUCGUCGCCAUCCCGAUCGCUGGCGAGAUCCUCUCCGCAAACAGUCGGCCCCAUCACGAAAUAUACCUCGGAUUGAUCGGGUUCUGUGGUGGGGUGUAUUUUCUCGCGGGGGUGUUCUUCACCCUGUCCAGAUGGAAAUGUACCGGUUCAUUGGUGGGGAUGUUUUAA